AUGUCUGAGAAAGGAGAAACGGAGGUCUAUCUGGACAGUCCAACGGAGUCCGGCCAUCAGGUCGAUUUGAAGGUCUGUGGAGAUGUUAUUCUUGUCCCUCAACCCAGUGAUGAUGUUCGGGAUCCUUUGAACUGGAGUCAGAGAAAGAAGUACCUGAUUUUAACAAUUCUCACCCUGACGACUUUCAGUGGCCAUGCUACCGGGCUUGCGAAUCAGCUGGGGUUCCCUGCACAAGCUGAGUUGUACCACAAGACCUUGACUGAGAUUUCUUAUACAAUAUCCGCAGAUGUAGCAGGCUUUGCAGCGGGACCACUGCUCAUUAUCCCCUUCACACACGUCUUUGGCCGCUGCUCAGUUUUAUUAUGGGCCACUAUAGCUAGUGCUAGUUUCAGUAUCUGGUCCGCGGUGAUGACCGGUCCGGAUGACUACAUCAAAUUCACCAUCUCACGGUUAUUUGUCGGGAUUUUCGGUUCGACGCCUUUUAUUAUAGGGCCGCAGUUAUUGGUGGAUAUCUUCUUCCUUCAUGAGAGAGGCAGAGUCUUCAAUACCUUUUUUGUGGUUUCGACUCUUGGAACGGUUGUUGGGCCGACACUAGGCGGGUUUAUCGUUGCGCAUGCGCCCUGGCCGUGGCAGUUUUGGUGGACUAUUAUUUUGGAAUGGUUGAUUAUGAUUUUAGUAUUUGUUUUCGUAGAAGAAACGACCUUCACGCGAAAUAAUGGGAGAAAGUACCCUCCCCAACCGACCAAUUUUUUCCAAAAUCGUAUCGCAACCUAUUUCCCAGGAACUGCGGUAGCACACGGAGGAGGGCUGAAGGAAGCAGCUCGCUCGGCGAAGAACCAGUUUCUCAUCGGAUUGUCACCGGUCACUAUGUUGGUGGGAACUUAUAUGAUUGGAAUGUGUGGGUGGUUUGUAGCUAUCAAUACCCUGCUUGGUGUCUUUAUUCAGGGUUCUGUCGAGGAUGGAGGAUAUGGCUUCGAUUCUCAGCAGAGUGCCGCCUUUUCCAUCACCCUUUGGGUUGGUCUGCUGGUAGCCCAAGUAUGGGGCUACUUUGUCAAUGAUCGGAUCCCGCUCCGAUUCUCCAAGAGAGCCUCUGGGGUCUGGAAGCCCGAAUACCGACUUCACUCACUCUGGGUCCCGUCAUUGAUAGUCAUGCCCAUCGGACUGGGCAUGUUCGGUGCUGCUUUGCAGUAUCAUCUGCACUACAUGGUCCUCGCCACCGGGGCCUUCUUAGUGACGGCUGCGUCCAACGCAGCAGUGCCUGUUUCUCUCAACUACCUGGUUGAAUGCUUCAUGAGCCACCCGAUUGAGUUGAACUGCGUAACAGGUCUGUAUCGCCUAGGCCUCGGCCUCGGCAUCCCGUUUUUCAUCAAUGCUUGGGUUGCCAAGGUUGGCGUUGGCUGGGUGUUUGGCAUGAUGGCGUUUUUUACUCUGGCAGAGUUUCUGUUGAUUGUGGUGCUGAUGCUGCGUGGGCAUGAGCUGCGGCAGAUCAGUUUUGGAAAGCUGAAUAGAGAUGAGGAGGGAGUUCAGGUUGUUAAGUGA